CAUCACUAAUUCAGUCGCUUUUCUCCUUUCUGACGUAAAAGAGAGUCGAGAUAUCCAGCAGUAACGUGAAAGUACCCUUACAGGUUGGUUAACUACUACACUUGUUUAAAUCGAUGUGUACAAUUAUUUUAUUAUAUAUAAACCCAUAGAGAUACCAGAUUUAAGGUUUGAUUAUGCAGUAUACCUCAAUUACUCCUUUGCAUACUUGCUUCUACCCAAUUCCUAAGCAUUUUUACUCCCCCCAUCGUUCCUUUAAUCUCAAUAAGAAAACUCUUCCUCGUUCCUCACUUUGCUCCACCCAUUUCACAAACAAGUGUUGUUUCACUCUCAGUUCUACACAUAGUUGCAGUCAGGACCAACAGAAACACAAAGGGGACAACAACAGUACAGACCCAGAUACAAACCCAGAUCGACAGAACCGUAUAAAUUGGGAAGAAUUCUAUUCUUCAAUUCAAGAAAAGAGAAGACAGUACAGUGAAGACAACGAGGAACCGGAAGUUGAGCUUUCCAAUCAUUCAGGCAUUUACACAAACAUGUGGUGGACAGACUUAAAAGCUGCAGUAGGCCAGAGGAUUAACGUGGAGGGCAUUGUUUCUUCUUUAGGGGUUUUCUCUAAGGACAAGCAUUUGGCGAUCCCACAUGUUAUUGUGCCGGAUAUAAGGUAUAUCGAUUGGGCUGAGCUAAAGAAACGAGGGUUUCAAGGUGUGGUCUUUGACAAGGAUAAUACAAUUACAGUUCCUUACUCCUUGAGCUUGUGGUCUCCUCUUGCCUCUUCUAUAGAUCAGUGCAAAUCUCUCUUUGGUAACAAUAUUGCAGUUUAUAGCAACUCUGCAGGACUAGAUGAAUAUGACCCUGAUGGUAGAAAAGCCAGAAUUCUUGAACGUGCAAUCGGAAUUAAAGUCAUUACGCACAGGGUGAAGAAGCCUGCUGGAACAGCUGAAGAAAUUGAAAAACAAUUCGGUUGUGAAUCGUCGAGGCUUAUUAUGGUGGGUGAUAGGCCGUUUACAGACAUAGUUUAUGGUAAUAGAAAUGGUUUUCUUACUAUUUUGACAGAGCCAUUAAGUCGUGCAGAGGAACCAUUAAUUGUACAGCAGGUCAGGGUACUUGAGGUGGCUCUUGUGAACCGAUGGAGUAGCCAGGGGAUGAAGCCAGUCAAUCAUACGCUUCUUCCUGAUUGCCAGCAGUGUGUAAAAGAUGAACCACUUUAGGGAAUUUCUUUAGAUCAAGAGACAAAAGUUUCUUUCCCCUCCCCCCCAUAAAGGAAAAAAAGAAAGUACACACCCAACCCGACCAGGAACAGCCAUUUUUUUUUAUUACCACUAAUAAUUAUACAGGGUUAUUUGCUUGGGUUUGUCUCUUGAGUGUGGAAUCUGAUAAGAAGGCUAUAUCAGUCAUUUCAGCAUUUGUUUUGACUGAAUCAUGUACCAACUUAAUAUUAGAACAAUUUUCUCUCUUGAGUCGAUGCUGCUAAACAUUUAUUUGGUGAUAAUGAUAGAUGCAUUUUGUCAA